GUGAAAGUAUGCACUUCGCAUUGAUAUCUCUUCAGAAUAAGAAGAAGAGCAACGUUGUCAAUUUCUUUUUGCAAUACCAUUGAUUUUGCUUAACUCGUGGCGUAGAAAUUUGGUGAUUUUUUUGUGUAAAUUUGAUUAAUAACAAUAAGAUGCCUGCACCUGACAUUAAAUCUUCUUGGGCUGAUGAGGUUGAGUUGGAUUACGGCGGUCUGCCACCACCUACCGAAGUGAUAGAGAAUGGCUUCAAGUACGUCACAGAGUAUAAAUACAACAAGGAUGACAAGAAAACUAAGGUAGUACGCACAUAUAAAAUCACCAAGGAAGUCGUACCCAAGACAGUGGCCAAGAGACGUACUUGGGCGAAAUUUGGCGAAUCCAAGAACGACAAACCCGGACCCAAUUCUCAAACCACAAUGGUGGCUGAAGAAAUCUUUAUGCAAAUUCUCAACACCAAGGAGGAAGAAAAGGCCAAUGACAAUUUGUUGGAUCUGACCAAAAAUAUUGCCAAGUGUCGUAUUUGUAACGGUGAGCAUUGGUCCGUCAAUUGUCCCUACAAGGGUACGUCCAUGGACACGAAUCUUAUGGAGAAGAAGGCCUCGGCUGCCGCUGCUGCUGCCACGGAAGCACCCAAACCCGGCAAGUAUGUACCUCCAUUCCUUAAGGACAGCCAAAAAGGUGGUAUGGGUGGUAUUCGUGGCCGUGAUGAUACCGCUGCCAUUCGUAUUUCCAAUUUGUCCGAGUCCAUGACCGAACAGGAUUUGGAAGAACUUAUCAAGAGAAUUGGCCAGCAUACCAAGAUGUAUUUGGCACGCGACAAAAACACCGGCCUCUGCAAAGGUUUCGCCUAUGUUCAUUUCCGCCAACGUAAAGAUGCCGCUGCUGCCAUCGAAAUUCUUAAUGGUCAUGGUUAUGAUCAUUUGAUCCUUAGCGCUGAAUGGUCGAAACCCCAAAAUAACUGAUACACCAUUAAAGAUUCCACAACAAGUAGCACUUACAACAACAGUAAACAAAAUUGAAGGAAAGAAGAGAAGAGAGGAAGUGAAGUAAUUAAUUUUUUAUAUAUCUAAACAAGAUUUUUGUCUUCUAAUUUAUAGCGACCAAAAGAAAACAAAAUUGAGAAAUGUUAAAUAGUAGUCAUUUUCGUUUUCCACAUUUGGUUGUCGUAAUAAAUUAUGAAUAUACUAAUAGCAUUUUAUUAGCUAGGGUUACAAUAAAAACUGGUAACCAUUUAAAA